GAAAGGGUCUAUGUUCCCCUUACGUAUCCCCCUCCGUCCAACGUGCGGCUUGCUCCCUAGAUAUACCCUUCGCUAUCUUUUCCCCUCGCCAUCCGAUACGAUAUGGCCGCCGUGCAGUCCAGCCAGGCCUCGACCACGAGUCGGGGGGCGACAUCUAUUGACACCUCGGGAACCGCUGAGGCAGACAAUGCCGUGAAGGCCGUGACCGAGUUCUUUGGCUUCAUCAAAACCCUCGAGUCCCAGCCCUCGUACCGAUACCUGCAGGAACUAUUCGACAAUCAUCUAGAUCUGCAGAGUGAGUGUAGCAGGCUAGAAAUCGCCCACGACGUAACCGUCGAGAGGCACACUCAGCUUCAGAAGAAGCUCAAGAAAGAGCUCGCUCAGUCUGCUGAGAAGGACGCCCAGCUGGAAAAAAUAAGGGAAGAACAGUCCCAGUCGGCCACCAAGAUCCGUGACCUCGAAAAGCAGCUCGAGGAAUCCAAAAAGACCGUAUCACAGCUCCAGGAUACCCUGAAGGUCAAGGAUAGUGAGAUCAAGGUUCUCAAGAAAGACGUGGCAAAUAAGGAAUCGGCCAUCGGAAAAGCGCAAGAUGCAGAGAAGAAGGCAAAAGACGGGCAGAAAGCAAGCCAGGUGAAACUCAACUCGGUGCAGCGAGACCGGGAUGCCAAGGAGAAGAGGCUCGCGGAGCUAGGGAGGCUCGCGGAGCUGGGAAGGCUCGGCUGCGAGAUGGAAAAGAUACCGUCGGAGAUGAUCGCCACCGAGCUAGACACCAUCUUCACCUUAGCCUACAACCUAGCCCAAACCCACCUAGGCAUCGACCUUCCCCCCUCCACCCUCGCCGACACCCCCCUCUGGGACCGCCUCCGCGACCACACCCUGGCCCGACCUCACUCCCAUAUCCCCCUCCCAGCAACCAACACCCCGGCCGCCAAAUCGAUGCGCACAGCCGCCUGCCUCGCCGCCCUCUCCACGGCCCUCCACCAGCACCUCCUCCUCCCAACCUACCUCCUCGACCCCCCUUCCUCCUCCUCCUCCUCCCUCCCCCCCACCCUCACCGCAGCCCACCACCUCUCCGCGGCCCUAACCGACCUCGCAACCGCCUCCCCCUCCCGCGAAUCCCACCUCCGCUCCGUCCUCCUAGCCGCCCUCCCGCCCGCCGAGACCGACAAGCGCGCCUCCCUCGCCGCCUCGCGCGCCACCGCCUCGGUGGUGGGCUGGCUAGGUCCCCUCCUGCCCUCCUCGGCGGAGCCGGCGUUCCGGCGCGCCCUGGAGGACUUCUGCGGCGGGGUGGUGCGCGAGCGGUGGGCUCGCCUGCAGCGGUGCGAGACCAAGGUGGAGGCGAGCCUGGAGCGGGAGUUUGACGACUUCGAGGCGUGGGAGGCGCUCCCUCUGGGAGGCGAGGGCGGCGGGGGCUCGCAGCAGCAGCAGCAGCAGCAGAAUGGCGGCGGCGGCGGCGGCGGGCAGAGGCGCGCGGGUCCCGGCCUGGACGCCAACGAUGCCGUCGCGGGUGUCGUGUGGCCCGCCUUUUUCGUCAUCGAGGACGGCGAUCACGAGGUCCUCAGGCCGGGCUAUGUGCUCUGCGAGGCGCAGGUCAAGGCGGCGCGGGAGGAGCUGGCUGUGCCGGCUCUGUCUAGGCGGCUGAUCAGAAGUAAUACGAGGAGGUCUAAGGCACUCUCGUUCCCUGCCGUAAAUGGCGGCGGGGAUGGCAAGUGA